AUGGUGGGCUGUUUGACAAUGUGCUUUCUAAUCCAACCCUAUUACGCUCUCGGUGCGAUGGUUCUUCUUUCAGUUCUUGUCGUCUGUCUUCACAAACGACAACUCCCCGUCUCUUGGGGUGAUAUCGGCCAGGCACUCAUUUAUCAUCAGGCUGCAGGAGCUAGACAUUUCUCCAGCAAUGUUGGACCAUCAUCUAUAAUGCAGAUAAGAGUGUUUUGGAAUUGGUUAUGUGACCAUGUCAAGUAUUGGCGUCCACAAAUCCUGCUGCUCGUUGCAAACCCACGUUCAUCGGCUGUGUUGGUGCAGUUUGUCAACUCUGUCAAGAAAGGUGGGCUCUACGUUGUCGGUCACGUUGUCGCUCCUGAUUCAGACUCGGCGUAUUCCGAUGAAGAGGCGUGUUCGAUUGCAUAUGAAAAUCUCGUCACCUAUGUUCGUUUCCUGAAAGUGAAGGCGUUUGUGGAGGUGACCAGGGCUGUUGGAAGCAUUUGCGAUGCUCUUCUCCACCUCAUUCGACUCUCUGGUCUCGGUGCUAUGAAGCCAAAUACGAUAUGCCUAGGAUUCUAUGACGAUUCGGAUCCCAUGGAUACAUUCGCGAAGAUUCGUUUUAGACGUCAAUCGAGAGCUUUCGAAAGAUCCCGCUUCCAACCCAAAAUUCAUCACCACUCCCAAAGCGACGAUGUUGAUCUUCUACUUGAUGAGGAAUCCGAAUCCCCUCAAAUUAAUCAUGCUUCGGAUUUUUCCCAGGUUCUACCACAACCAAGGUGUGCCUACUCGUCUGCCCAAGCGCCUCCUUCUACUUCUGAGGCACGUCAAUGGGAUCAACCAAUGCAAGUCAGACAGAAGAGAAUCUCCAAAGAGGAUUAUGUUGGGCUUCUUCAGGAACUUGUCAAAAUGAAGAAAAACAUCCUUCUGGCUCGUGGUUUUCACUCUCUCGCAUGUGACGAGUUUGAAUUAGUGAUGAGUUCUCCAGAAACCCUACGAAGGAGUGUCUUCAUCCAUGCCAAACCUGCCUAUCUCGACGUCUGGUUGGUAGCGCCGCGGCUCUUCCACGCCAAUUUAUCCCAGAUAGCAGCCUCGGAGGAGCCGAAUCAGCUCUUCAGCAUGAGUGGUUUCUUUCUCCUUCAACUCGCCUGUCUUGUUGGACGAGCGCCAGAUGUGAGGCGAAGGCGUGUUCGGCCCAUUCGGAUUAGGGUAUUUGUCCCCAAUUCCGAGUUACUCUCGGAUUUUCACAUCACGAAACAAGUCAAGGAAGUGCUUCAGGGACUUCGAAUUGAAGCCGAGGUGCGUGUGGUGGAAGUCAACAACGCCAAUUUAGAAGUCGGUGCUUUAAACUCCUUGAUAUCCUCCCACUGCAAUGUUGAGAAUGGAACCUCCGUGGUAUUCUUGGAACUCCCAUCUCCUCCAGCUUCCAGCGAGUUGAGACUGGAGUACCUGGAUCAACUGAGACGGCUCACCGAUGGCCUGCCUCCCACACUUCUCGGUCUGGGACAGCAACAAGUCACGUCAGAGGCGCUUUGA